UUGUAGUUGAACGAGACAGGGGUACGAUUCCUUCUUUCCUGACUCCUUUUGAAUGAACAUCGUAUGCCCCCAUCGUCAAUCUGUAUGUACCUAGGUAUAUAUAGAGUAGAAAAACACAGUUGAAAAAAAAAAAAAGCAUCACAGUGGCAUUAUCUAGGUACCGCGCCACCGAUGGCUGUCUGUCUGUCGAUUAGGUACUAGGUAGAUAUUUACAUCUCAUACCGCACCGCACGAAGGACGAUCCAUCGUGCUAACUGCGCCCCCCUCUCCAGCCAUAUCGAUGGCAGUCUGUGCCUCUUGUCUAGCUACUAGUCCUGUUCUAAUUAUUAUCGAUGGAUGCGCAGAAGUUCUUCCCCGGCUAAACCAAACCCGCUGUAUCGGUGACGAGGAUGAGGAUGGGGUUUUCUAGAAAAAAAAAAAAAGAACUGUUCCAUCCUGCCUCCUCUCGAUUGAAUUGAAUUGAAUUAAAUUGAAUUGGAUCGUGUUCUGAAAACCUAAUCUACCUACUGAUCCGGGCUGGAGUGGUUUUGGGUAUCUUGUAAACGCAUUACUUGACUGCUUGCCUGCCUUCACCUACUUACCUACCUAUAUAAGUACCCUCGGGUAUAUACACAUAUUAGUUACGAUGAAGCAUUAACCAGGGAGCGCAUACACAAACGCACGCACGGCACAAGGGGAAACAAACAAAAUGGCCAUCAUCCCCCCUAAACUCCCCACGACCGGCCCUCCCCAUUCUCUCAGUCAUAGACCACACGGCAGCAUUGGUGAUUCUGGCCCGCACAAACCACCACCAUCAUAUUCCCCAUCGCUGGACGACGGUGUCGGACCGCACGACAACGCCAACGACCUCGCCAACGGCAUCGUGGACCUACGGCCGCCGAAGAGUAGGCCUAGCGAGGUGCCGGACUUGGGUUCGAGUGGUGGUGUCAGCGCCACUGAUGGCGAUGGCAAUAGCAACGACAACUCCAUGCCAGCAGGCGCUGCGGGUUCUACGUCGUCGUACCACACACCUAUCCCUGUUCCUCCCGUGCCAGCAGUACCGCAGAGUGACAAAAGCGCCGGAGGAACGGGCGUUGCUAAGCCGACGGGCUUCCCGACGUGGGGCAUUGCGCUGUUGGUUACAGCAGGGGUGAUGGUUUUGGUGUUUACGGUUGCGCUGUGGGUGUUUUGCGGGCGUGAGAGGAAGAGGAGGAGGAGGAGGAGGAGGGAGAGGAAGACGCAUGGGGAUGAUGAUGAUGGAGAUGGGAUUGAGGGUAAAGGGGAGAGGAUAGAAAGAAGGGGCCACGAUGAUAAUAAUGGCGAUGACGAUGAUGGUGAUGUGAGGGAACCGAGGUAUAGACGCGCUCUGGGAAGAGCAGCAGCAGUGGCUUCGUUAGUAGGUAUCCCGGUGUGGAUAGGCAGGAAGUGGUGGUGCGAGAGGAAGGAGCGGGAGAGAGAGGAGGAGAAGGAGAGGGAAAGGCGGGUUUAUGCGCAGAUGCUGAAAUUGUGGGAGAGCGAUGAAGAGGAUAUGCGGAGAGGGUCUGGGGACCGGGUGGUUAUGGCUGGGAACGUGGAUGCGCGGGCGAAGGUCAAUUUAGAUGUGGAUGUGGAUGUGGAUGUG